AUGCUCUUCUCCACUCUCCUUCUGGCCGGCCAGCUCGGCCAGGCGACGGCGCAGCUGAAGCCGUCAGGCGAUCCCUGGUCGCCGCCGGAUGCCUCGAAGGGCUCGGAACCCAGCAAGGGCCAGCCAAACAGCCAGUGGACGACUGUCCUCGGUGACUCGCUUUGGUUCUACGACGCGCAGCGCUCCGGAAAGCUGGGUAAAGGCUCGUAUGGCAACCGUGUGCCAUGGCGCAAUGACUCCGGACUGGACGAUGGGAGCGACUAUGGCGUCGAUCUGACGGGUGGCUGGUACGAUGCAGGCGACUACAUCAAAUGCACGUUCCCGCUCACCUUCACGAUGUAUGCGCUCACAUGGAGUGCGCUCUCCUGGGGCACUGGUUUCGAAGACGCCAAGCAGACGGCGUACCUCGACAGCACACUCCGAUGGGGCUUCGACUGGUUCCAGAAGGCGCACCCGAAGGACGACGUGCUCUUUAUGCAGGUCGGUAGCUCCGAGGUAGACAACGGCUAUUGGGGCGGCGACCAGAGCAUCCCUACGCCGCGUCCGUCGUACCCUAUCAACGCCUCUCACCCCGGCACUGACGGCUGGGCGUCCGUCUCAGCGGCCAUGUCGCUUGGCGCGAUGCUCUACAGUGGAUCGGCGCUGAACUCGUCAUCUGCGUCUACGAUCGCCCCUCUCCAGGACCAGAAGUACGCCGACGCCCUCCUGAAUCACGCCAAGACGCUUUACAACACGGCUAAUGGCACAAAGCCGUAUGCCGUCUUCUCCGACUCGGUCAAGGAGAUCGGUGACGCGUACGUUUCCUCGGGUUACCAGGAUGAGCUCGCCCUUGCUGCCCUCUCUCUCGCGCUCGCCACGAACCAGAGCGACUACUACGCGGACGCGUACUCCUACUACAAGCAGUACGCUCUGACCUCUCAGCAGAAGGUCUGGAACUGGGACUCUAAACUGCCGGCGCUGUACGUGAUGUUCGCCGAGGUUUCGCGCGCACGUCCUGGUCUUGCCGCCGAUGCCGGUCUCGACGCGAACGUGACUGGCUGGCAGAAGGAAGCCGAGCAGUACUUCGACGCGAUCGUCGACGACAAGGUGAAGAGUGCGACGAUGACCGAUGGUGGGCUGCUGUUCUACGACGGCGACUCCGACGAGGCCUCGUUGAACCCUGCCAUUGCUGCCGCCACUCUCAUGCUGCACUACGCGCCCAUCGCGUCCAGCGAUGACAAGAAGAGCAAGUACCGCGACUUUGCGCGUAGCCAGAUCGACUACGCCCUCGGCAAGAACCCCAUGAACGUGCCGUACAUGGUCGGCUUGCAUCCCAACUCGCCAAAGAACCCGCACUCGGGUCUGUCAUCGGGCGGCACGAACCUGAACGACAUCCGCAACUCGCCGGAGGAGGAGGCGCAUGUGCUCUACGGCGCGGUCGUUGGUGGACCCCUCAAGAAUGACAAGUUCUGGGACUACCGCGAUGACUGGGUUCAGAACGAAGUCGCGCUUGACUACAACGCCAAUUGGCCUGGCAUCGCUGCCUACAUGAUCGCCAACGGUGAGGACGACCCUUACUACGUCGGCGUUAAGGACUCGUUCCAGCGCCCGAGCGACGAGCCCUGUGACGCCGCUCUGCCCUGCGGUGGUGGCGGCCUUUCCGGCGGUGGCAUCGCGGGCGUUGUCGUUGGAGUUAUCUGCGGUGUCAUCAUCCUCGCCAUCAUCGCCCUCUGGUGCUUCAAGAAACGCGACCCUUACCGAUGGUCGCGGAUUAGCCAGAAGUUCAAGCAUUGA